AUGCAUCAAAGUCACAGAGGAGGGUCACAAGAACCACUGCCAGGUGCAUUAGUAUUUUUCUUUUAUAUGUUCCCUUCAGAAUGGAAGAUUAUCACAUCACAGCCCAAACCUCCCACAGAAUGGCAGGAGACAAAGUUAAACCAUGGAGAUGACAGUACAUCACAGCCCAAACCUCCUACAGAAUGGCAGGAGACAAAGUUCAACCAUGGAGAUGACAGUACAUCCCAGCCCAACCAAAGAGAUGACAGUACAUCGCAGCCCAACCAAAGAGAUGACAGUACGUCACAGCCCAAACCUCCCACAGAAUGGCAGGAGACAAAGAUCAACCAAAGAGAUGACAGUACAUCACAGCCCAACCAAAGAGAUGACAGUACGUCACAGCCCAAACCUCCCACAGAAUGGCAGGAGACAAAGAUCAACCAAAGAGAUGACAAAUGGCAGGAGGCAAAGUUAAACCAUGGAGAUGACAGUACAUCACAGCCCAAACCUCCUACAGAAUGGCAGGAGACAAAGUUAAACCAUGGAGAUGACAGUACAUCACAGCCCAAACCUCCCACAGAAUGGCAGGAAACAAAGUUAAACCAUGGAGAUGACAGUACAUCACAGCCCAAACCUCCUACAGAAUGGCAGGAGACAAAGUUCAACCAUGGAGAUGACAGUACAUCCCAGCCCAACCAAAGAGAUGACAGUACAUCACAGCCCAACCAAAGAGAUGACAGUACGUCACAGCCCAAACCUCCCACAGAAUGGCAGGAGACAAAGAUCAACCAAAGAGAUGACAGUACAUCACAGCCCAACCAAAGAGAUGACAGUACGUCACAGCCCAAACCUCCCACAGAAUGGCAGGAGACAAAGAUCAACCAAAGAGAUGACAGUACAUCACAGCCCAAACCUCCUACAGAAUGGCAGGAGGCAAAGUUAAACCAUGGAGAUGACAGUACAUCACAGCCCAAACCUCCUACAGAAUGGCAGGAGACAAAGUUAAACCAUGGAGAUGACAGUACAUCACAGCCCAAACCUCCUACAGGAUGGCAGGAGGCAAAGUUCCAACCUAGAACCAUGGGACAAACAGCACUACUUGGCAGCCACCCUAUUUUUCCCUAG